GAGGCCAGGCGAUUCCCAUUCCCCCGCGUCCCUCAGCGGACAUUUCCCAGCCUCAGGCCCUCUGCAGCCACUUAUUCACAAGUGAGCAUGGCGAAAUCUGUCUUCGUCCAUGGCGCCGACCUCUUUCAGUUCCACAUCUUCGUCAAGGUCUUCGUCCUCGCCGUCACCGCUUUCGCUGCAUUCUACCUCGGCAAGUACUGGAACGACGGCUCCCCCCAGCUCGUAUUCUUCUCUCGCGGCGGCGGCAGCAGCGGCGGAGAAGCCGUCGGAGGCAGCAGCAGCGGCGGAGACGACGUCGGCCUCUCCUCGCCUUCCGUGUCCUUUUCCCCCAACACCAACAUCACAUUCGACGCCCCGCUCCUCGUUUCCGAUGCCACAUCGCCGCUUGCUGAACCGCCCCAGCCCCCGCUCCCGCCCCCAGAUCUGACCUCUCCUCCACCGACGAAGGCGAGGGUCGGAAUCGUUGAUAGUAAUGGCACGAUGAGGGUGGAUUUCGACGAGGAAGAGAUGAACUUGACGUACGGGUGGGACGAGGUGAAUGCUGACGGUAAUGAGACGGCCGGGAAAGAGGAAAGCGAGGGGGAUAAGAGGAUUAGGAUGCAGAGCGACAAAUUUAAGGUUUGUCCGAAGAGUAUGAGUGAGUACAUUCCGUGCAUGGACAAUGAAGAGGCUAUUAGCAAGCUUAAAUCGACGGAACGGGGUGAGAGAUUUGAGCGUCAUUGUCCGCUGGAGGGGAAUGAGUUGGAUUGCUUAGUUCCCGCACCAAAGGAUUACAAGAAGCCUAUUCCCUGGCCCCGAAGCAGAGACGAGGUAUGGUUCAGCAAUGUACCCCACACACGUCUGGUUGAAGAUAAAGGACAAAAUUGGAUCUCUAGGGACCAUGAUAAGUUCAAAUUCCCAGAUGGUGGGACUCUAUUUAUCCAUGGAGCAAAUCAGUACCUAGAUCAGAUUUCCCAGAUGGUUCCAGAAAUUGCAUUUGGGAAUCGUACAAGAGUUGUUCUUGAUGUUGGAUGUGGUGUAGCUAGCUUUGGUGCUUUUCUAUUUUCACGAAAUGUGAUCACCAUGUCAAUAGCCCCAAAAGAUGUCCAUGAAAAUCAGAUUCAAUUGGCUCUUGAACGUGGAGUACCUGCAAUGGUUGCAUCUUUUACAACUCAGCGCUUGCCAUAUCCAAACCAGGCAUUUGAUCUAAUUCAUUGUUCAAGAUGCAGAAUAAACUGGACCCGCAAUGAUGGGAUUCUGCUUCUUGAGGUCAACAGAUUGCUCAGAGCUGGAGGUUAUUUUGUUUGGGCAGCACAACCUGCUGAUAAACAUGAGGAAGCUCAACAAGAGGCAUGGAAAGACAUGGAUGACCUUACAUCUCGUAUUUGUUGGCAACUUGUGAAUAAGGAGGGCUACAUAGCAAUAUGGCAGAAGCCUUUCAAUAACUCAUGCUACAUGGGUCGCAACUCUGAAGUCCAACCUCAUGUUUGUGAUUCAGAGGAUCAACCGAACACUGUUUGGUAUGUUAGCCAAAAAGCAUGCAUUACCCGCCUUCCCGAGAAUGGAUAUGGAGCCAAUGUUUCCUCAUGGCCUGCUAGGCUUCAUGAGCCUCCACAAAGGCUCCAAGACGUAGACAUGGAUGCUUAUACAGCAAAAAAUGAAAUUUUCAAGGCAGAGUCCCGGUACUGGAACGAAACUGUGGAGAGCUUUAUUCGUAUUUUUCGUUGGAAAACUUUGAACCUGCGAAAUGUUAUGGAUAUGAGAGCUGGAUUUGGAGGGUUUGCAGCUGCACUAAUAAAUCAAAAAAUUGACUGUUGGGUAAUGAAUGUAGUUCCAAUCAGUGGGCCGGAUACAUUGCCAGUAAUUUAUGAUCGUGGCCUCAUAGGAGUGACCCAUGACUGGUGCGAACCAUUUGACACAUAUCCAAGAACUUACGACUUUCUGCAUGCAUCUGGUCUAUUCUCUAGGGAGCAGAAGAGGUGCAAUGUCUCGGUCAUUUUGCUGGAGAUGGAUAGGAUCCUCCGGCCAGGUGGGCAUGUAUAUAUUCGCGAUUCAAAAUACAUCAUGGGAGAGAUUUUGGACAUUGCGCAGGCCAUGGGCUGGAGAACUGAUCUGCGUGACACUGCUGAAGGUCCAUUUGCUAGCAGGAGGAUAUUGAGGUGUGAUAAACCAAUCUCCUAGAACUUCUACAGCUAUUUGUUUGUAGAUAUAUCUUGGUUGUACUUCUGUUGCAGAAAGCAACAUUUUCAUUUUGUUGUUGUUAUUGUUGUGUUAUAUCAUUUAUCUCUUUAAGCAGUUAGUUUUGACUAAUAAGUUGCUUGGUGGUGGCUUCGAUCUUUAGCAUCAAUAGAUUACAUUAUUGUUAUUUGACAUCAAACAUAUUAAUUGUGUCAUUUUCUGAUGGCC